AUGGUCGAUUUGCUGAUCAACAAGAUUGCUCGGUUUAAUGCAUUUGGCGUUGGGGCCUUAUCGAUAUUCUUAAACCUGCUAUUGCUCUACUGUAUCAAUGCAAAGUCCACGAAGCACAUGGCGCAGUAUAGGGUAAUCAUGAUGAUUAUGUGCGGGUUUAACAUAAAAUUUUCGAUUGUUCACAUGUUGUCAGUGCCGACGGUCCACAUCCACGAGCUGGACCUCCUCAUCCUUAAUACGGGUUACAUCAAGGAUGUGAUGUUGGGUCGAAUACUAUUGGUGUUUUUUGUAUUCUCAUUUGCUCAGACAAUUGUCCUCAUUGCCAGCCAUUUCGCAAAUCGAUACCUCAUCAUCUGCAAGUCACAUUUCAUAUUACACUACUCAACUUGUAUCUACGCGAUCGGAUUCAUUAUUAGCUAUUUCGCAAUCAUUUCUUGGACGGCCAUUUUUUGCAUUGCCGUCUGGCCAAGAAGACCGGAAAUGGAGGAUCUCAGCGCAAAUCGAGGGGAUCGACUGCAAAGCCAGCUGUUUCGAUGCUUGGUUUUUCAGACGCUGGUGCCAAUAAUCUGUGCUCAUCUACCAAUCUACCUAGCUUUCGUAUUGCCAAUGUUCGGGACGAGGGACUCGAUCCUAGACCUGCUCCCGCUCCCCAUCGCCUGGUACCCAGCCAUCGACCCGAUCGUGGUGAUCUUUAAUGUGCGAUCGUAUAAACAUCAGAUCUUCCAGUUAUUGAGAAUUCCCGAGAACACCAACUCCAACUCCGCGACGAUGCCAGUUUACGGCCGGGGAGUUAGCAGCCAGGAGCGGACUGUCCGAAAUGCG